UCAUCACCAUGUCGAAAUUAUCAUUUAGGGCUCGUGCCCUUGAUCCAUCGAAACAAAUGCCCAUCUAUUUGGCUGAGGAGUUACCGGAUUUGCCAGAAUAUUCAGCUAUAAAUCGAGCGGUACCACAAAUGCCAAGUGGCAUGGAAAAAGAGGAAGAGUCGGAACAUCAUUUACAACGAGCAAUAUGUACAGGUCUGAUUAUACCGACUCCAGAAGUCUAUACCACCGAUCAAGAUUUCUAUGAUAAAAAUUAUCCACCCAAUUACCGUAUGCCACGGCAAUUGAUUCACAUGCAGCCACUUGGUUUGGAACAAGAUGUACCCGAAUACGAUAUGGAUAGCGAAGAUGAAGUGUGGGUUACACAACAACGAAAACGCUUAGAUUUAACGCCAUUCAAAUUUGAACAAAUGAUGGAUCGUCUUGAGAAAAGUUCAGGCCAGACAGUGGUUACAUUGAAUGAGGCAAAAGCGCUGCUCAAACAGGACGAUGAGGUCAGCAUAGCCGUCUACGACUACUGGCUGAAUAAGCGCCUGAAAAUGCAACAUCCGUUGAUUCUCUCCGUCAAGACAGAGAAUCGGCCGGGGGCCUCAUCAAAUAAUCCGUACUUAGCAUUUCGCCGACGCACUGAAAAAAUGCAAACGCGAAAGAAUCGUAAAAAUGAUGAGACUUCCUAUGAGAAGAUGCUCAAGUUAAGGCGUGAUCUGCAAAGGGCCACCACGGUUUUGGAAAUGGUCAAGAGGCGUGAGAAAACCAAGCGUGAACAUGUGCAUUUGUCCAUAGAAAUCUUUGAGAAACGUGUACAGCUCAAAGACUUUAAUGGAGCUUUACUUUCAGAGCUCAGUGCUACGAUCAAGAAUUCAAGACCUGCCUUUGCCCCACUGUAUGCUAACCAAUACUCGCAUCAUUCAUCAUCUUCGGGAGCCACACCCACGGCUGUGGUGCCAAGUGUCAGUUCAUCGGCAGCCGGUUUAAAUAAUGUUAUGGGUUCCUCUACGGGAUUAAUGACGGCGGGCCAAACGGGCAAUGUAACAACAUCGGGCAGCAGUCAUAUGUAUUCAUCAGCACCGCAGUACCUGAAUUCAGCGAAUGUAGCUAUGGAUGCAUUAAAUGCUGGCAGUCGCAAAGAGAAACGACAGUAUAAGAAACGCAAACAUAAAAUACCGCGUGACAAACAACAACUAAAUCACCAGCAACAACAGCAGCAACAACAGUAUUUAGCCACGAUGGGUGUUAUACCAACAUCGGGUACCACAGGAGCUGCAUUGGGUGCUGGCGGAGGUGUGGCCGGUAUACCGGGCAGUACAUCGGGUCUGCCACAUCAUCUGCCGCAUCAUAUGCACCAUCACCUGCAUCGUCAAAGUUCAUCGCCUGCGCCAAAUGAGUCGAACAUCGAAACCGAAGAGGAAGAUUUAGCGCACAAAAUCGGUUCGGAAAGUGAAGAAGAGGCUCCAUUUGCAUUUAGAAGAAAACAAGGCUGCGAUUAUUUGAGGUCAAGAGCCCAUACCGGCAAUUGGCCUUGGGAGCCUAAGGAGGAAUAUGGUUUUGGUGACACUAAAUAUCGCUAUACCCUGGCCUCCAUUAAACAUCCAAGGCCACGUUGUAUUGGCUUUGCACGGCGGCGCAUGGGUCGUGGUGGUCGCAUUCUCUUGGAUCGUGUUGCAUCGAAUUUCGAUGAUUUUUGGUCACAACUCGACUACACAAUAUUGGAGAGUAAAACAAGUGAUUGCACCACCGCCUCUGUCGACACAACAGCAGCAACAACAACGACAAAAACUAAUAAUAAAAAAGAUUCUUCAACAAAACCCGCCUCACCACCAACUGUUGUUGAUUUGGUACCCCCAACGGGAGUCCUUGCAGCAACAGCAUCUACUACUAAUACUAAUGUAAAUAAUGCAAAUACACCCGCCACUCUAAUUAAGCAAGAAAUCAUGGAUACCAAUAAUCAUUUACUGCAUCAUCUUGAUCCCGCCAAAACAUCAUCAUCACUAACCACCACAAAUGGUCGUCGUCUGGCGAAAAGUGAUGAUGGAGUUGAGGAUGGUAACGACGAUGAUACGGAUAUUGGUCUCAAUGGUGAUUGCUGUGAAUAUGAAUAUUCCGAUGACGAACUGGAAGAUGAACAUGGUUUACACAUACAACGGGAUAGGCUAUAUCAUUCAUGUAUCUCAAUGGCAAGGCGAAGACGGCGAAGAAGAAGGCAGCAGCAGCAACAACAGCAAAAUGAACAGAAUUCGAAGCGGCGCAAAUUGAAUAAUGCCCAUUUGCAGCAAAAGAAUAUGGAAGCGGCACAACGACGUUUGUUGUACAAAUUGUCUCAAUCACUGAUGAUGGAUAAUGGCGUCGUGGGUAGUGUCAAUGGACGUGUAAAUAAUUUAGUUAACUCAUCGACCAAUGUAGCAGCAACAGCACCAGCAGCCGCAAACGAGGCCAUUACACAUGAUAAGGUAAAUGGCCUAAAUAAAACAGUUGAUGAAAAUGGAUCAACGACAACGACGUGGCCCAAUCAUCGUUGUGCAUCGUCUGCAGCCAAUGCCACCGUCCUGGAUAAAUUACAACACACUUCCUCCAAUAGCAUCAGCACCAGCACCACCUCAUCCUCAUUAUUAGCAUGGUCUUCGCCAUCAACCACCACGACAAACAACAACAAUUCAUCAUCGCUAGUUAUUGGCAUUAGCAACAAUCACAACAACAACAAUAGUAGUAACAAUGUUAAUAUGAACAUUAGUAGCAACGGUAGUAGAAGUAAUAGCUGUAGUAUAAGUGACAAAACGAAUGUGAUAAAACGCGAAAUCAUCAUACAGGAUGCAGAUUCAGAAAAUGCAUCAACGUCCUCAUGUAAUCCUGGUGAUUUGCUUGCAACCUCAAGAGCCAUCAAACAAGAAAUGAUGGAUUCGUCAGCACCCUCACUGGCCUCGGCCGAUGAUUCCAACGAACCACUGAGCAGCAUACAAAAACUGAAUGCUGGUUCUGUGGUGGCCGCAGCAGCUGACAUUGUUGAAGACGAAGAAAAUCUCAAUUUGGCCCAACUAAGUAAUCUGAUCAAGAUCAAGAAGGAAGAGGAAGAUGUAAUCUUUGAAUACUCGAAUGAUCGAGCCGAGAUGUUUGGCAGAAAUGGUGGCGCUGGUGGCCCUCCACUUGCUUCCGAAAGUGAAGACGAUGAGGUGUCCUGCUUUAAUCAAAUGGCUGAUGUUAUACGUCAACGUGAUCUUAGCCGAAGAAGCCGAAGGUCAUUGAGACCCAACAGCAGUGGCCAGCCAUUGAAGGGUGUAAAUGUAUUGAUCGAAGAAGUGGCAACAAUCAACGAACAAAAGCGAGAACAAUCGCCGGAGGAUGAAGUUACAAUGCUGGGUGGACUAUCCCCCACAUCCUCGCAACGUUUGGAUAUUUGCAAUGAACUGUUGUCGGAAAUACGACGUGAUUGGUUGCAUUUUAGACCCAAAACACCCACGGAAACAGAAAAGGAAGAUUUUUGGUCAUUGGAUAUGGAUUACAAACUAACCUCACCGCUGGUAGAUUGGUCUCAACAAACGCCCAUUGCCGUUGAAAUGGUCAGGGAAUCGCUAAGUCCAAUAAGGGACCUGAAAAAGGCCAGUAAGUUGGUGAAACAGGAAUCCAGCCUUUGGAAGGACAACGAUGAGUUUGAAAGCUCAGCAUUUAUUACCCCCGCUUUUAAAUACGAAGAUCUGGAGGCCGAUACACAGCUUCUGCAGAGCUCCUUUAUGUCCGACAUUACACGAGGCAGUAGCAAAAGUCCUGAGGCUGCCAACAACAGUGCUUGUCUGGAUUUGAAUUUCAGUGGCGACUCCCUGAACGACAUAAAUCUGCUGGGUGAUGGCGACGAUGCCGAUAUGUUGGACAACAUUCUGCAGGAGGUGCAAAUCGAUGACAUCAAAACAUUGGCCACCAAUUUCUGGAAUGGUAUUUUAGAUGGUGAAAAUGUUGACACCGAAGUAGAUGGUGAUGUUGAAGCGGCAGCCGGUUUGCUGGAAGGCAUUGAUGAUGCCACAAAGAAAUGUGACAAGUCUGUUGGUGGUGACAACAAGAAAAAUACCCGCGGUAAAGGUGGCAAGAAGGCGUGUGCAGCUCUAACACCUGUCGGCAGUUCGUCGUUUAAUUGCUCACCACUGGAAGAGGCCAUUGUAAAAGAUGAGACUUUCUUCAAGCUGGAAGAGCCUAAAAAGGAGCCUUGUGACGAAGAAGGCGAGACGUCCAGUGCGGUGCCAGAAGAGGAGGUAGCUGUUAAAUCGGAACCAAUGGAUGUUAGUGAAACAAAAGUUGGUUGUUUGGUACCAGUCGUACAGCCGACGGUGGUGCCGAAUAAUAUGAUUGUGAGAUUAACACCGCAACAGCGGCAGAUAACAGCGUCCACUCCUGCCCUGGUCAUGGCUUCGUCGUCGGUUGAUUCUUCAAAUUGUUCGAGUAUAAAUACACAGCAAGAUGUUGUUCAACAUGCUGGUACACCCAUUGUUAUUGCCCAACCAAUGAUUCAGCCACAACAACAACAACAGCAACAGCAUCAUCAGUCCAGCCAACAACCACCACAUUUGAUAACCCAUUCAACACCGCUGCAAGUAAUUGGAAAUACGAUUACCCUAAAUCCUGGUGAUACCAUUACAACCACUCCACACAAUCAAAUGCAGGCCACAAGUACUAACUCCUCCGCUACCGUUACACAAAUGCAACAACAACACCAGCAACAGCCCUCACCAUCUCAGCAGCAACAACAACAUCAGCUGACAACGAUACAGGUGGUGCAACAACCACAAGGUACCACCCAACAGAUACGCAACGUAACCGUACAACAGUUGCAUCAGAUACAACUGCAACAACAGCAGCAGCGUAAACUACAAUUGCAACAACAACAGCAGCAACAAAAACUUCUAAUGCAACAGCGAGCUGGGGAACUUGUGAAUGCAGCGGCAGCAGCAUCAUCAUCAAAUAAUUCUUCGGCUGGCGGCGGUGCAUCUGUGAUAGCUCAGUAUAUUCCCAAUACAACAAGUAAUUCCAAUACAACAACGACAACGAUUAUGCGUCAACCCACCCUGACGCCAAUUGGAGCCGCCACAAUCACCCACAACAACAACAGCACCACCGGUCAAAUGAUUUACACCACAACAUCGGCUGGCGAAGUUAUUGGCACAACGACCGGUUCACAGAAAAUCUAUUUGCAAAAAGCACCCGUCUCUCUGGGUUCGAGCAGCGGUCAGGGUGUCAAUAUCAUCAAUACUAGCAGUGGACAACAAUUGACAGUACAGAAUAUAGCUGGUGUCCAGCAUAUCAAUGCGACUGGCAAUGGUUCCAAUGCAACGGCUGGUCCCUUAAUUGUUACCACAUCAGCAAGAAAUGCCGUCCAACAGCUGACCCAGCAGCAGCAACAACAAAUGGUCGGACAGCAGCCGACUCAACAGAUCGUAUGGCGUCAAAUCGGUUCAACAAAUGUAACAACUACACCGGCUGGUGUGUUGGCUGGAGCCGCUACAACAGCUGUAACAAAUGCCGAUGGUACGGUGACAGCAACAAUGGGUGCCGGUAAUAAGAUAGUAUGGACAAAUCGACCGGCUCAAAAGCGUCAGCUGAAUGGUCCAGAAAGUACAGAUAUCAACAAGGUGUUGCUGAACCGCAAAUUCUCACAACGAAAAAUAAUCACCCAAGCCCACCAACAAAUACUGCAACAACAACAUCUACAGCAACAACAACAACAGCAAUCACAAGAUGAUGACUUAACAACGACAUUGAAUGCUCUGAGUGGCCAGGAAACAACAACAACUACCGGCGUUACAUACACCACACAACAACAACAGCAGCAACAACAACAACACCAAAUACAAAAAGUUACCACAACUGGCGGUGGUGGCAGUGGCGGUAAAGUUAUCAAAAUGCCAUCAUCAUUUCCAUUGCUGGUAUCGGAGGUGAAUUUGCAGCAACAACAAAAACACAAUACCGCAGCCGCUAUUGCUGCCAAUCACAAUUACAGCUUACAGCCCACAGCAGCCAUAAUAACUUCUCAGGCUUCACAACAACAGGGCGGUGGCAGCAGCAGCAGUGGUGGUGGUAAUAAAAUAUAUCUAACCGCAAGUUCUAGCGGUGGAGCCGCUACCAAUUACACCAUAACCAAUGCCAGUGAAUUGCAAUCGGCUGCUCAGAAGCUGCAGGCAAGCAAUUCAAAUUUAAAGCUGAAUUUUGUGGCUACCACAAGUAAUGCCAACAACAGCAGCAACAACAGCCAAGUGGUGACUGGAGGAGGCAUCAAUGUUCAGCCACAGCAACAACAGCAAACAUUGGUGCUGAACAAAGCCACAGUGCAGCAGCAGCAGUUACUGUCGCAGCAACUGUUGCAACAGCAGGGCAAACUGAAAAGAGAACGUAUUCUGAAUAUUAUUGGUGCGGCAACAUCGGUGGAUGGUAGUAAUGCCAAUGCCACGACAGCGGGCACAAUAACAGCCACCUCUGGCACGGGUGGUGUUUCGGUUACCGGUGAUAACAACAACAAGCGUGUCUUGUAUACAAGUCUGGUGAAUGUCAAACAAUUGCAGAAGAACAAUACCGGACAAAUGCAGGUACAAAUCGGUGGUCAUCAAGCUAUGGCACAUGCGGUGCUGCGAAAUCGUAUUGGCAAUAAUCAAAUAUUUGCCAAUAUGCGUACGGUGCCGGUGGCAACUGUGGUGGCAUCUGCAGCGGCUAGUAAUCACAAUAAUAAUGUAACAGUGGCAAGCAGUGCAGGGGGUGGUGGUGGCACCACUGUGCAGGUUGUCUCAUCAAAUCAACAAACGGCGGCGGGAAAUCUUAAUUCCAAUACUAUUUCCGUUUCAACAAAUAGUCUCAGCAGUAAUGAACAGCAGCACCAGCAACAACAGCAAGUAGUUAAUGAUGGCAGUGGUUUGACGAUCAUUAAUUCAACAAGCGAUUUGAAAUCGGUAACUGUUACGGCUUCUUCUGCGAAUAGUGGCGGCGGCGGUUUAAUUGAAAAUACCAACAACAAUAGUAGUCCUGUAACAACCAAUAACAGUAAUAACAGUAAUAAUAGUUCAUCAUCGAAUGGCGGUGGUAAUAGUAACAGCAACAACAACAACAAUGUCACAACAACAAAUAACACCACGACAAUCAACAGAGAUGGCGAUGUCGUCGGCGGCAGCACCAGCAGCAGCAACAGCUUUGUUGCCUAA